GCCAGCAUCACGCGGCUGUUCGAGGACCUCUGCGAGGCCCUCCUGCCGCCAGCCCAGCCCCACCUGGGCCGGCGCGCUGCGAGCCGGCGGAGGGCCACGCGCAGGCUCAGGAGGGUGGCCUACGAUGCUCUUUUCGCAAGUCUUUUCCGAGAGGAGAUCCCGCAGCUGCAGCCUGGCCUGGCAAAGCUCCCAGUGAGGAACAAGAUCCUCAUGUUAUCCUUCGACUUGAGAGUGGGCGGCCUGGGCCCCGAGGCGGACCGUUUGGAGGAGCUCGUGGGAGAGCUGGAAGAGGCCGCCCGCUGUCCGCUUGUGGAGGUGGCGUCUGUUCUGGACCUCCUGGUCCAGCUGGCGGGGACCGGACCCCCUCGAGUACUGCAGAGAAAACGGGACUACUUUCAUAACAACAGGCACGUUGGAAGAAACGUUCCACACAGCGGCUACGAUUGCUAUAACCUGCGUGCGUUUGAGAUGGACGUUCAGUCUCUGGUCACCAGAGAGGAGGAUUUGUGUCACAGCUUGAUCCAGGAGACCCUUCAGGUGAUGGAGGCUGCUCCGGGCACCGGCCUCUCCACCUUCCGGCUCUUCUCAUUUGGUGACCCUUGUGGUGACAGGUUUGAGAGAGACACCCGGGUCUCGCUCUUUGGUGCCCUUGUGCACAGCCGAACCUACGACAUGGAUGUCCGACUGGACCUGCCCCCAGUGUCGGGUAGCGCGGAUCUCUCGGCACUGGCCAUUAAGGUCCCUCGGAGUGUGGAUCAGUGGGAAGACGAGGGAUUCCAGUCAGCGUCCAACCUGACUCCUGAGUCUCAGUCUGAACCGAGUGUGACCCCGGAUGUGGACUUGUGGGAAGCCGCCCUCACCUACGAGGCCAGCAAGCGGAGGUGCUGGGAGAGAGCUGGAUGCCCCCCUGGCCACGGAGAGGAGCCCUACCUCACUGAGGCGGGAAGAGGUGCCUUCGACAGGUUCUGCAGGCUCCGCCAAGGCGAGCUGCAGCUGCUGGGCGGUGGUGCCCUGCAGGCCCCGCAGCCCCUGGUGGUGAAGGAGUGCGAGCUGGUGAAGGAUGCCCUGAAUGUCCUCAUUGGGGUCGUGUCUGCCACGUUUUCCCUUUGCCAGCCAGCUCAGGCCUUUGUGGUAAAGCAGGGCAUCCAUGUGUCAGGAGCCUCUCCCGAGAGCAUCAGCAGCCUCCUCUCAGAAGUGGCUGAGUAUGGGACCUGCUACAUGCGCCUGAGUCGCUUCUCCCUACAGCCUGUCCUGGGCUCACCGCACAGCAAGGGCCUUGUGUUCCAGGCCUUCACCAGUGGCCUGAGGAGGUAUCUGCAGUACUACCGGGCCUGUGUUCUCUCCACCCUGCCCACCCUGAGCCUGCUCACCAUUGGCUUUCUCUUCAAGAAGCUGGGCCGGCAGCUCAGGUACCUGGCUGAGCUCUGUGGUGUCGGCGCUGCGCUUCCAGGAGCUGGCGGGGCAGGGCCCAGGCCCGCCUUCCCCACGGGCGUGAAGCUGCUGUCCUAUCUGUACCAGGAGGCGCUGGAUAACUGCAGCAACGAGCACUACCCGGUGCUGCUGUCCCUGAUGAAGACGAGCUGCGAGCCCUACACGCAGUUUAUCCAUGACUGGGUAUACAGUGGGGUCUUCAGAGAUGUUUACGGCGAGUUCAUGAUCCAAGUGAACCCGGAGUACCUUGGCGUCAGAAAUAAGUUCUACUGGACUCAUGGCUAUGUGCUCAUCUCCAGAGAGGCGGAGGACUGCGUCCCUGUGUUCCUGAGGCACACUGUCCACGACGUGUACGUCUGCGGGAAGACGGUCAACCUGCUGAAGCUCUGCUGCCCCCAGCAUUACCUCUGUUGGUCCGAUAUCCCAGUCCCUCGGAUCUCAGUGAUCUUCUCCCUGGAGGAGCUGAAGGAGGUAGAGAAGGACUGUGCCGUCUACGUUGGGCGCAUGGAGAGGGUAGCCCGCCACAGCUCCGUCAGCAAGGAGGAGAAGGAAUUACGCAUGGAAAUUGCAAAACAAGAAUUAAUUGUUCAUGCCCGGGAAGCGGCUUCCAGGGUCCUGAACGCACUGAGUGACCGGCAGAUGUCAGAACAAAUGGCCUUGGAUGCCCGGAAGCGAGAGCAGUUCCAGAGACUGAAAGAGCAGUUCAUGAAGGAUCAGGAGCGGCGCCUGGCAGCUCGGCAGGAGGAGCUGGAGGACGACUUCAGUUAUGCCCGUGAGCUCCGUGACAGGGAGAAGAGGCUGAAGGCCCUGGAGGAGGAGCUGGAGAGGAAGGCGAGGCAGGCGCUGGUGGACCAUUACAGCAAGUUGUCUGCAGAGGCAGCGCGCAGGGAGCAAAAGGCGCUGUGGAGAGUCCAGAGGCACCGGCUGCAGAGAGAGCGGCUUCGUUUCCUCCAAGAAGAUGAGGAGCGCAUUCAGGGGAUGCUGAAAGGUGUGUCCAAGGUCCACAAACCCCAGGAGUCGCUGCCUGUCCUGUGCGCACAUUUCCAGGUCGUAUCUCCCGGCCCUGAGCACCCAGACGGACGCUGUGGCUGUGACUCCAUGCGCACAGAGCAGCACUCAGCCUCCUUUGACUGCUCCGGCAAAGUGAGCGUGCAGCUGCCGCAGCCCCCCCAGGGCCCAGCGGUGGAGGCCAGGCAGGCAGAAGAGGUGGAGCCAUUCACUGUCGGUGUCAGCAUUGGAGACUUCCUGCCCAUGGGCCUGGGGGCUGGGCGUUCCGUGCAGACCAACACUGUCCCUCUCCUAGAGGAGGCAUUGCAGACCAUUCGCUCAAACCUGCCCCCUGGACCCUCUGGGCCCCCUGGGGAGGCAACUGCUGUGGCCUGCACACAGCCUCCUGUGUUGCAGGAGUAUGACUUUCGGACCAUCCUGAGACCAGCGGUGGCCACCUUUCCUGGACCAGAGCCCCUCCAGGCAGUAGAGGGCAGUGAGGGGCCACAGCAUGGGGGGGUUCUGAGCAUGAAACUGAACACACUUGGCUCUGACAUGCAGGUGGCUACACCUCAGGCAGAGCUGCUCAGGCCUGGCACUCCUGAGGCUGAGUACAGCAAGUCCACGCAGCAGCUCCCUGGGCAGACGUCAGGGGACAGUGUUCCCACAGGGGACUGUUCCUCUGGAUUGGCCCCCACCUGGCUGCACGGGCACGUGUCAGACGCCAAUAUUCGGGUAGGGGAGAACGUGUCGGACGUGGCCCCCUCCCGGCCACGGUGGAGCACCCACAGACACGUGUCGGACGCCAGCAUCCGGGUUGGGGAGAACGUGUCGGACGUGAUCCCCUCCCGGCCACGGUGGAGUGCCCACGGACACGUGUCAGACGCCAGCAUCCGGGUCGGGGAGAACGUGUCAGACGUGGCCCCCUCCCGGCCACGGUGGAGCUCUCACGGACACGUGUCAGAUGCCAGCAUCCGGGUCGGGGAGAAUGUGUCAGACGUGGCCCCCUCCCGGCCACGGUGGAGCUCUCACGGACACGUGUCAGACGCCAGCAUCCGGGUCGGGGAGAACGUGUUGGACGUGGCCCCCUCCCCGCUACAGUGGAGCGCCCACGGGCAUGUGUCAGACUCCAGCGUACAGGCUGGGGAGAACAUGUCAAAUGUGGACCCCUCUCUGCCAGGGUGGAGUGUCCAUGGGCACAUGUUAGACUGCGGCAUCCAGGCUGGGGAGAACAUGUCAGUCCCCUCCCGGCCACGGUGGAGCACCCACACUUCUCAGUCCUACGUGGUGCUGGGGGAGCUCUCAUCUAAAGACGAGCCCAUGGUGUCCAGGCCCCAGCGGAGAUGCCCUGGUGAUGGAUUCCAGUCAGGCCUCAGUCUGGGAACACAGCGCCCUCUCUUGGAAUGUAGGCUGCAGCCACCUGUGGAAGUAGUGCCCUCCAUCUGCCAGUCUGGCUCAGGCAGUGGGGAGGAGAGUAGCCUCCCAACCUCGCCUCCCACUGUGGUUGGACCCGGCACUCUGGGAGACAGUGCCUCUGAGGAACCAGGCCUGGGGAGCAGCAAGGACACCGAGGACCUCUCUCCAGACCGGCCUCUAAGCUUGCAGGAAGAGGCAGCCACUCAGAGGAGCCCAGGUGCAGCGGAGGCGGUGGCUGAGGGGCGGCAUGCGGAGCAGGCCUACCUGGCAGGCCUGGCACGACAGUACCACCUAGAGCCAUAUCCGGACUGCUACGAGUCCAUGUCAGAGCCUCCUGUCGCCCACCUUCUUCACCACGUGGUUCCUCGGGCCUUCGCCUUCCCUGUGGACCCCCAGAUCCAGGCAGCUGCAGACGAGACUGCGGUGCAGCUCAGUGAGCUGCUGACGCUGCCAGUGCUCAUGAAGCGCUCCAUCACCGCCCCACUGGCUGCCCACGUCUCCCUGGUGAACAAGGCCAUCGUAGACUACUUCUUUGUGGAGAUGCAGCUUGAGUCACACUUGGAGGCACUGCGCCACUUCUUGCUGAUGGAGGAUGGCGAAUUUGCCCAGUCCCUCAGUGACCUGCUCUUUGAAAAGCUUGGGGCUGGGCAGACACCGGGGGAGCUGCUCAGCCCACUGGCCCUCAACUCCAUCCUGAGCAAGGCCUUGCAGUACAGCCUGCAUGGAGACAGCCCACAUGCUGCCAACCUCUCCUUCGCCCUCAAGUACCUGCCCGAGGUGUUUGCCCCCAAUGCCCCGGAUGUGCUGAGCUGCCUGGAGCUCAGGUACAAGGUCGACUGGCCCCUCAACAUCGUCAUCACCGAGAGCUGCCUGAGCCAGUACGGCGGCAUCUUCUCCUUCCUGCUGCAGCUGAAGCUGAUGAUGUGGACACUCAAGGACAUCUGCUUCCAGCUCAAGCGCACAGCACUGCUGAGCCACACAGCCGGCUCCGUGCAGCUCCGCCAGCUGCAGCUCUUCAAGCACGAGAUGCAGCACUUUGUGAAGGUCAUCCAGGGCUAUGUGGCCAGUCAGAUCCUGCACGUCAGCUGGUGCGAGUUCAGGGCCCGGCUGGCCGUGGUGGGUGAUCUCGAGGAGAUCCAGCGUGCCCAUGCAGACUACUUGCACAAGGCUGUCUUCAGAGGCCUGCUGACGGAGAAGGCGGCGCCCGUCAUGAACAUCAUUCACAGCAUCUUCAGCCUUGUGCUCAAGUUCCGUAGCCAGCUCAUCUCCCAGGCCUGGGGUCCCGCUGGUGGUCCCCGGGGCGCCGAGCAUCCCAACUUCGCCCUCAUGCAGCAGUCCUACAAUACCUUCAAGUACUAUUCCCACUUCCUCUUCAAAGUGGUGACAAAACUGGUGAACCGUGGCUACCAGCCCCACCUGGAAGACUUCCUGCUGAACAUCAACUUCAACAGCUACUACCAGGAUGCCUGAGGCCACAGCCAGCUGCCAGAGAGGCAGGUUUGGGCUGGCUUGGCCAGACAGAAGCCCAUCACACCUCAGCGUUGCAGCAGCACUGGGGGCCUCGGGAACUCCGGGUACUGGAGGGUGCCGAGGCCACUACGAAGAUCACGUCACACACAGCCCUGCUGCCCAGAGGGGAGGCCUGCUGUAGUAGUGCUGCCCGCCAGCCGCCCCGCUAGCCUCCUCGGACUCAGGGGCCGCAGGUGCCUCGGAGGCCUCCCCCUCGCUGUGGUAAGGGGUCUCAAGCAGCUUUAGCAC